CAUUCGCGUCCGUCUUCAAUGCUGUCUGAUUGAUCCCUUUUAGCGCCACAUUCCUUGCGUUGUCCUCUCAGAUUCCCUAACUAUGCCGAUAGCUCUGCGACCCAAUGAGAGCGUUACAAUCUCAAGAUCUGACUUCAUCCAUGGUGAGCCCUGCAAUUCGAUUCGCGAUCGGAGCUUCUACCCUGAGCGUGACGACGAUUCCGAUUCCAGUAGCUUGUCUUCGAUCGGGAGGAAUAGUGACUCUUCGAGAGAUUCUUCCGAUCGUGAAGACUCCGGUGAGGUCGAGGUGCAGAGCUUGUUUAAGGGACCUUUGGAAACCGUGAUUACUUUAGAGGAGGGUUUGCCUGGCAAGAAAGGCAUUUCCAAGUUUUACAGUGGCAAGUCCAAGUCCUUCACAAGCUUAUCGGAUGCCACAUCUGCAUCUUCUAUCCAAGACAUAGUAAAACCAGAGGACCCUUAUGCUAAGAAACGCAAGAAUUUAUUAGCUCAUAACACAUUUAUGAACAGGAGCCGCAGUUACGCAUCUAAUGUUGGAGAAAUAUCAAAGCGAUCAGUUAACCUCGGUCGAGGAACAUCAACUGUCGCUUUGAGUAGCUCCAGUAGCAGUAGUAAUAGCGAGGAGGGGACCUCAACGUCAAUAUCACCUCCUUCCUGUCUUCCGCCUUUGCACCCCCAGGCAAAAAAGUUACCGGCCAAUGUGUCAAGACCUUGCCCUCCUAAAACCUCUCCUUGGAGAUCAUACUCCUGGUCUGACCUGCAGUCCGUUGCUUCUGAGGCUCAUGAUUUAUCUGGCUUGGCAAUUUGUAGUGGAGACAAAGGCAACAAAAUACGCUGAAAUUUUGACUGAGUUUUACUUAUAAUGUCAGUUUAUAACGGGGGUUUUUCUAAUUCAGUCAUAUUUCGGUUAUGCAGUAUGUAUUAUCAGAGCGACUCCUUCUGUCUUGAUUGCAGAGGCUUGUAUGUAUACUAAGGAUUACCAUGUUAUGAAAUAUACCUGAGCAUUUUCUUUC